UUUGUGCGUUGCUCCGCCUUACCAUGUCAUAGCUUCUUUCUUGUCAAUUUGGUCAAUUAUUUAUUUCUUUUGAAUGAAUAAUGACUUAAUUUUGUGAUUGAUUGUGAAAAUUGCAGUUGUUUCCAGUAUCAUGAUUUAAUUAGAAGAACUUUAUAAGUGGUUAAUAUUGAAAUUCAUUUCUUCUAGUGGCAUAAUUGCACUAUUUGACUGCCCAUAUAUCGAUUCCUUUCUAUAUUACCUCAAAGUGUUUCAUGUUUGAUGUACUACGUAUUAUUUUUGGAAUUGAACUACAACAGAUGAUAAGACCAAUAUAGAGAUCAAGCCAUAAAGGAUUGAAGACACCUGAUAAUUUAAUUUUGUUGAUUAUUUAUGAAAUUUUGCACUUAAAUCACGCAUUAUGACCCAUUCUUUUCAGUCGAACAGAAAGCAGAAGCGAAAUGAUUGCGAAGAAUUCGAGAAUUGUAUUCCUUCACCAAAGCGAGCCAAGCUAAAGAACUUUAGCGAAAGCCAAAACGUUGACUCAAACUUUGGUCAUUCUCCCUUUCAUAUUCCCAACGCUGCAUCUCAGUUUACGAUACCGAACAAAGAUGGAGUUACUGGAGAGAGAUCUAACUUAAUGAGCGUUAAUCAUCAAAGAGAAGUUUCUCAGUAUAAUGCUCUACAGACUGACAUAUACCACGUUACUGAAGAACACAUGCAGCAAAUGAACUUGAAGUAUUCGCCCGAUUUAAAUGCUUCUGAAAAUCCUCAUUAUUACGAAAAUAACAGACUGUUGUUUGAACUAUACGUCGAAAGAACCCAUCGGUCUUCGUUUCAUCCACAAAAUUCUAGUCAUACUUAAUUAUGAAAGAAUCGUUUUUUGGAUUUGUGAUAAUUUAAUACGAUGGUAUGUUUCCGUGUAUUUGCAAUUGCACAUGCUAUUUACGUCGAAACAGUAAUGUUUAUAUCAAAAGUUUUCAUAUAAGGCAUUUUACGUCAAAUAUUGUGCCCACAUCGGUUUCUCAAUGUACCUUAAUUUAUAUUCGAAUGUGUAUUUCAAAUUUAUUGUUCUUUGUGUUACAUCUGAUUUCUUGUGAAUUUGGUGUAAAACAUUUUUUCAACGUCUUAAAUUUCCUAAUCAAAGUUAUAUUUAAUUUUUGCUAGCUUGUAAAUUUACAUAACAUGAAUGAUCCGAUGAUCAUAAUUGUAACUUACCACAAAGAAACUUCCCAGUCGCACAAAACUAAAAAUUUCACGAGAGCCAAAAAACUUUAGUUUGCUUAUGCAUAGUUUCUUAUUCUUUAUAAAGUCAUUUUUAAUAUUGCAAAACUGUGCAAUACAAUCGAUAAAUCAUGUUUUUUUGUUAAAAAAACAAAAACAAAACAGCAUAGAGCUUUCUACUAGAUAUCCUACUACUUUCCGUCAAUGUAUGAGAUGUCUAAUUAUUCAAUUCAGAUCAAAAAUAACAACAAAACCGAGUUCUUUGUGCGACUGGAGGGUUUCAGGCAGGUCACAAUAUUAUUUUAUUCAUUUUCAGAUAUUAACAAGAUUAUUCGCUGUGAUGUUUCCGCUCUCCAAUAAUAGAUGAUUCACAUAUCAUUCCCAUUCCUCUAAUAUAUUAAACAAAAAUAUAAAAUUCCUUUAUUAUUAUACUUAAUAUAAUAUAUUCAAGCAUCUAAAUUUUGGGAUGUAUCUUUUUGGUUUGUUUGGAAUUAUUGAAAACUAUUCACCGUUUGUGGCCCCCUUUUUCCAGAUGUGUGUAAAUGUAAUGUAUGGCGUAAGAAUUUUUUUUUUAUAAAAUUCUAUUGAUGUUCUUAAGUUUAAGCAUGUUAGUGUACUUUAUCAGUAAUUAUUCGUUGUAUUAGUGAUUUUGAAAACAACUCAUUAAAGUAUAAUGUUUUCAUUUA